AUGGCUUCUCCCGACCAAACUUCAGCUCUUGAUAUCAAACGCCAACACCUCCUCGAUGACUAUUCUUUUGCAGAAAACCACUACCAAAUCUCAAGAACAUCCAGCUCAACGAGGGAGAAGGUGAAGCCGGCGCUCAACAUAGUCAUUCCAAAAUCGGUCGUGGAUUCGGGCGAGCGCAGACACUACAGAGGCAUGAGGCAGCGGCCGUGGGGGAAGUUUGCGGUGGAGAUACGCGACCCCACUCGGAAGGGGACUAGGGUUUGGCUGGGGACGUUCAACACCGCGAUGGAGGCCGCCAAGGCCUACGAUACGGCGGCCUUCAAGCUCAGGGGGAGCAAGGCCAUUCUCAACUUCCCGCUUGAGAUCGGGCAGAAGAGGCCGAGGGACAGGGAGGGUGAUGAGGAGAGACAGGAGAAAGAGGUCAAGAUUGUGAAAACGAAGACGGCUGCAGUGCCACUAACGCCGUCAAGUUGGACGGCCGUUUGGGAUGGGGGAGGAGAAGGGAAAGGGAUAUUUGAGGUGCCGCCGUUGUCGCCUUAUCCACAAAUGUCUACUGUUAUUAUUUUUAAAGAUGGUAAUCGAGAGAGGUGA